AUGAAGUUCGCCAAAGAGCUUAACGAUGAAUUGGUUCCGGAAUGGCGAGCCAAAUAUCUGAAUUAUAAGGCAAGUUUACAACCUUGUGCUCUCGGAAAAAAGAAGAUAAAAGCAAUUCAAAGAGCACUGCAAAAAGCAAAUCGCACUCCAAUCCGACGCCACGACACCUUUGCAGGAACUCCAUCUCAGCGGCUUCCUCCCAAUGCUUCCACAUCCGUCGCUCAAUUUCCCUUAGAUUAUAAUGGAUCGCCUUCUCGUAGAGAUAUACCCGAGCAGCGCCCGCUCAAGACUCCAGGGUCACGGUUUUCGAAUGUCGUAGGAAGUUAUGGCAGUAUAGUUUCUGAACCCGAACAGUAUGAUUCCAAGCAUCUCCCCAACCUCGAACUCCCCUCACCUGCGAUUGGACUUGAUCGCACGGCAAAGAAGAACAAAGCGCUGCAACUGGGCCCACCAGCUUAUGAGUCGACAUCGCCGCAGAUUCAACGGACGCCGGGCCGCCCUCAACGACUUGCUUCAUCUCCAGCUAUUAUAAGAAAUGGGACACCGCCAUCUGGCAGGGUUUAUGGAGGCGGGAGCGAUGGAUAUUCGAAGACGGCAAAUUUCCUCAGAAGGGUGUUCACAAACAGCGACAUGGAUUCACCGGGAAAGAGUUACCAGACCAACAUAUCAAGCGAAGUGACGAAGAAAGAAGACGAUUUCUUUGAUUUCCUGGAUUCUGAAUUAGAUAAGAUAGAAACAUUCUACAGACAGAAAGAGGUGGAAGCGACAGAGCGUCUGCAGGCACUUCGGCGGCAACUGCAUAUCAUGAGGGAUCAACGAACAACGGAAAUGCUAGAUGCGCAGCGACCAAAGUCUACGCAGGAGGGCGGAAAUCAGAACGGCAACUAUCUCAGCGUAUUCCCCAAAACGAAGUGGACUCAGGCUAUUGCCGGUAAGCAUUAUUUUGGAAAGAAUUCACGUGCUCUGGCCGAUAUGCAGACGCCCAAAACGCCGGGACCCAUGGGCCAGGACCUUUCGGGGGAUUGGCGCGACUUUGUGCGAAGACCAGAAGCUGCUAAUGUACCCUAUCGGACAGCAAAGAGGAAGCUUAAGUUGGCUAUGCAGGAAUACUAUCGUGGUCUGGAAUUGUUAAAAGCGUAUGCGUAUCUUAACCGCAAAGCAUUUCGAAAGAUCAAUAAGAAAUUCGACAAAACUGUUGAUAUGCGACCUACACUGCGUUAUAUGUCCGAGAAAGUUAAUAGAGCUUAUUUUGUGCAGAGUGAGAUUGUCGAAGGGCACAUGGUGGUGGUUGAAGAUCUCUACGCUCGCUAUUUUGAGAAGGGAAAUCGCAAGAUCGCCGUUACUAAACUUCGCGGAAAGCGUCGUUCAGACGACCAUUCACCAAGCACUUUCAGAGUAGGCUUGUUCCUUGCUGCUGGACUUGUCAGUUGCAUUCAGGGCUUGAUCUUGGCCAUUGGCUUGUUGAAUGGUACAGAUAGCACUGUCCGAGUGCAGACUUCCUACCUACUUCAGAUUUAUGGAGGGUAUUUCUUAGUCGUUUUUCACUGCAUAUUAUUUUGUUUGGAUUGUAUGAUUUGGGUUCGGGCAAAGAUAAAUUAUGGUUUCGUUUUCGAAUACGACAGUCGCCACACACUGGAUUGGCGUCAACUGGCUGAGAUACCCUCUGUUUUCUUUCUUUUGCUUGGACUUUUCAUGUGGGUCAACUUUUCAUGGGUUGACACCAUGUUCUUGUAUUAUCCGGUGAUAUUAAUUUUCAUCACUGUCGUGAUGCUCUUUCUACCUCUCAAAAUAUUCUAUCAUCACAGUCGAGUUUGGUGGGCCGUUUCCAAUUGGCGUCUCCUACUUGCCGGCCUUUACCCUGUCGAGUUUCGAGAUUUCUUCCUGGGCGAUAUGUAUUGUUCCCAGACAUACGCGAUGGGUAAUAUUGAGCUCUUCUUUUGUCUUUAUGCAAAUUACUGGAAUAAUCCACCGACUUGCAACUCGAGCCAUUCCAGACUGUUGGGCUUCCUCACCACAUUGCCGUCAAUAUGGCGUGGACUUCAAUGCCUACGGCGAUACCGCGACACCAAGAAUGUCUUUCCUCAUCUCGUCAAUUUCGGCAAAUAUACCUGCGGCAUUCUGUACUAUAUGACACUCAGUUUAUUCCGCAUUGAUCGUGAUAUUCGAUACCAGAUCCUUUUCAUCGUCUUCGCCUUUAUCAACGCGGUAUAUUGCUCAAUUUGGGACGUAGCUAUGGACUGGAGUUUGGCAAAUUUCUAUGCACCGCAUAAAAUGCUACGUGAAGUUCUUGCUUUUCGCAAAGCAUGGUUUUACUAUGCGGCAAUUGUGGUCGACGUGGUUGUCCGGUUUAAUUGGAUAUUUUAUGCCAUUUUCACCCACGACAUUCAGCAUUCGGCUUUUCUCAGUUUUGCCGUUAGUCUCAGCGAGGUGUUUAGAAGAGGGGUCUGGUCGAUCUUUCGAGUAGAGAACGAGCAUUGCACUAAUGUCAAUCUGUUCCGCGCUCUACGGGACAUUCCCUUGCCUUAUCAAGUGGAGGAAAACACGGUGGCUGAGGAUGUCGCUGGCCACCCAUCGCCUGUGCAGACAAGGGACUCGGAGAUGGAGCGAGAAGAAGAGGAAGUACGCGUUGGAGAGCAUCCGACCGAUCCAACUCCUCAUACACCUGCUUUUGUCGCUAAUGAUGUCGAUCUCGAGUCAGCAUCAAUUGCAGGGAAAUCUCCGUUGACACUACGUGCUCGCCGGCCAACUAUAGCUCACGCGAUGUCUCGAUUCGGUAACAUGGUAGCAACAGCUCAUACUCACGAUUUCCAACGGCGGCGUCGGGUCGAUCCUCUAUCAGGAGAGACUGCAAACGCCGGGUUACAGUAUAUGGAUGAUAAUUCGACUGACGAAGAUGACGACGAAGAUGAUGACGAUGAUGGAAGAGACGCUGAAUCGAAUACCAAUGGUGCUGCUGCCUACUCAGAUGUUGAUUUGCCCAGCCAAAGGACUAAUCACAGCAGGAGUGGUUGA